AUGCCCAAAGACUUCUCGUCCAAGCCCUUGCAGCAGCUGCAGCUGCAACAACAACAACAACAACAACAACAACAGCCGAUGGAAGAUUCUUUGAUGUCUCUGUUGCAGUUUCCAUCUCAAAUGGGAGUGGAAGGACAAUCCUUUGCUCCUUUUAAUGAGCACCUGGAUUCCUUUUGCGAUCCCUUUGAUGAUCCUGAUAUGGAACCUCUUCCGUUGGGUCCAGGGAUUGCAAAUGAUUGCUUUCAACAGCAGCAGCAGCAGCAGCAACAACAAGUCAAGCCAAUGGAGGCUCCAUCGCUCGAAUCCCUCAUGGCAUUGAAUGAUUUGCAGCAGCUUCAGCAGGCCAACCUAAUCUUGGAGAAUAACAACCCCAUGCAAUUCUUGUCUUCCAUCUUGGACCCCAUCGUGCAAAUUUCUGCAGGAUCCAAGCGAAACUUUGAGAAUACGUCCUCCUUCCAACAACAACAACAAAAACAACAAGAGCAAGAACAAGUGGUGGAGGAAACUUGUGUCAACAAGAGGCAAAAGCUGGACUACCAGUUUGAAAACGACAAUGAAGAAAGCAUUGCCCGCUUCCGACCGUACCAAGAAAACCAAUGGCGGAUUCAAUUCAAAAAGCUCAUUGAAUUCAAGCUCAAGAAUGGACACUGCUGUGUUCCUCACAGUUUCCCAGAAGACCCCAUCCUGGCUCGUUGGGUCAAGAGACAACGUUACCAAUACAAGAAACUGAACGAGAAAGACCCCUCUUCCACGAUGACCACUCGUCGCAUUGAAGAACUCGAGUCAGUUGGCUUUGUGUGGCAUUCUCAUGCAGCUGCCUGGAUGGAAAAGCUCAAUGACUUGAAAGCCUUCAAGGCACAAACGGGUCACUGCAACGUCCCCUCGCACUACCCCGAAAAUGUCCAACUAUCGACUUGGGUCAAGUGCCAGAGACGGCAAUACAAAUUGUACAUUUCUGGAGCAUCCUCCAACAUGACCGUCCAGCGAUUCGAAGCCUUGGAAGAUCUUGGGUUUGUCUUUGAUAUUCGAAACAAGAGUUCCAAGAAGAAGAAGUAA